AUGGCUGCCGCCGCGGGCCCGCCCUUGAAACGGGUCAAACAUGAACCAUUGGCGCAGGAUGGAACACGUUCCAGCAUUAGCAGACCUGGUACUGCUCGGCUCAGCUCGGAUUCAGUGCCUCCCAGCGCCCAAGCCGCUGGCCUACCGGCACCAACACACAGCACUGCUGUGGCUGCUGAAUCAGCUGGUGCCAAGGCACACCAUACCUCAGAAAACACUCAGCGCCGGGCACGGCUGCGCUCACACCUGCUGCAGAACCAUCCUUGGCUCGACAGUACGCGACUCGCACCAGCAGCUUGUAUGCGUUCCCGUGACCCGCGAUUGCGUCGCCAAAGUCUUUUGUCUCAGCCUGUGGAGCAGCUUCAACCCCAGCUCUUGUGUGUUUUGGCUAGAGCUGACCCAGAUGCACGCGUGCGAGCCACUGCGCUCCAGCGCCUCCAUCAAGCGCUCCAGGCCAGCCCUGAAAUGCUGGAAGCGUCUUGGCCCGAUUGCUGGGAUACCGUGGGUGCGGCAAUCGAGGACCAUCAUGCUGCCGUGCGGCGCAGCGCUCUGGAUCUCCUGCCUUGCUUGGCUGAUGCUCAGCAGGCAUCUGAAGGAGCUGGCACCAAGGUCAAUCAUCGGCUCGAGGCCUUUUUGAGAGCGUGCCGUGUGGCCCGCGACCCCGAUCGUCAUCUUCGACAACGUGCGUUUUCUGUUGUGGCACACAUGCGUCAUGUCAGAGUAAGCUGGGUGCGGCGGUGCUUGGACCGCCAACUCAUCAGCAACCUCCGCGAAAAGCAGUCGGUGCUGCAACGUGCUCGCACGCGACAUGAGGCGGCCGAGGCCGGAGGCUCAGCUGGCGGCGAUGGCGAUGGGCAGGGACCAUCGUCUGAGGCUUUGCGUCGAGGACGCGAAUCCGACCAUGGCCAGGCUGCUGCCUUGACUACCACGGCGGGAGCAUUGCAGCAGGCACCUCGCAAACCAGGCACGAGCACCAAUAGUGCCCGCAGUACGCUUGAUCAACAGUUUGAUAUCGGUGGCUGUGAUGGCAGCUUCAUUCAAGGCCUAGAUGAUGAAGACCAGCAUGUGCGCCUUGCCUGCCUUGCAGCGAUCGAGGCGCAUAGCAUGCGCCUACCGGUACUGGCCCAGGAAGCCCUCGACUGUGUCAUCACCGUCGUCAACGACGAAAUCGUCUCAGUGCGAGCACGAGCGCUGCAGGUGCUGGCGGCUUUGGGUCCGAACUUUGUGAUGCAUGACGAACACGUUGAGCUUUUGCCAGCCGUUUGUGCCGAUGCACAUAUCGAAGUGCGCUGCCAAGUGCUGGCGUUAUUCAAGACCUGCCAGCUGGCGAACGUGCAAUUGCUGCAGGUGGCCUACAACCAACUGUCAAGCCUGCUUCAACGCAACAGCGACAGCCGGUCGACCAUUCUGAGUGCGGGCCACUGUCUUGGUCGCCACCAUGCAGACUGGGGUGAGCCCCUGGUCCGAGCCCUCUUUCACUGGAGCGAGCAUUUCGAGCCCAUGGAACCGGAUUGCGGUGAUGCUCGUUACGCCUUGGCAGUUGCCAUUGUGUGUGGAGCUUUGACUCAAGCCAGCUCCAUCCGCGCCCACCUACCUUCGUUCAUGGAUCGACACAUCCGUAAGCUGUUUCUACAAAACGGGCAAGCCUUUGCCACCACGGCGGACAACACCAUGACGCUAUCGGCACAGCAGGCUGGCUUGCCUGAUCUCCGAUCUUGGUGCCGCUGUUUGCACCUCUUGCGCCGAGGUUGUCACGUGACAGCCAGGGCGUUCAUUGCAAAUAUGCUGGGCCAUGGACUUCCUCGGGCGGGCAGUUUUAUUGCAGCUUUGUGGCAGUGGCAAGGCUGCCUGGCGGAUGUUCUGCAAGGCGAGCUCCUCGCAUCCUUCGCGUACUCGUCCGAAUCGGAGCCUGCCUGCGCUGCACUGCGUUCUGCUGCCAUGGCUGUCGAGAACAGGUCUGUCGCCCUUCCUCAAUCAUGGCAAAAGCCUCGCAUCAUUUGUCUCACAAACUCGGUCAAUGUCAUUUUUCGCAACACCACAAUAGGUCGGCGCUUGGCCCGGCUCUGGAUCAAGUUGAUUACAACGCCCGACGGCCACCAACAUCGAUAUCUGUUGAGUGACAUGGCGGCCGUCACACAAGAUGGUCUUGUGGAGGGUGCCAUUGACAUGAGCUUUGCCAUUCGCGCCAAAAAACUGGCCCUCAAGCUCUCCAUGCAGCUGACACCCAGCAGAGUGGAUGCAGCUCUCCUGGAGCCAUUCAUGUCACAUCAAUUCGCUUUGAGUAACUUGGUGCACGUGACACUCAAAUGUCGCUAAAGUUGUUGCCGGGAUUAUGACUUGAUUUUCAAUCGAUCAAACGCAUCU